AUGUUUUUAUAUAUUCAUCUUCGGCAUUUAUUGCUGGCUCUUUUUCUCGGCAUCAACGCCGUACUGGGCACAUCAAAUUUCAACCCACAGAUUCUGGCCGACACCAACCGUGACGGCAUCAUCAACCAUCUCGACGCUGCAAACAAGCACACAUGGACUUCCAGCCGUGGCGCGAUAUUCCUCCCAAACAUAGGAGAUCAGCAACAUCGCUGCCCAGAUGUCGACCUUGUGAAGCAACCUCUCAGCAACUUUGAGCUGGCGGCCUGUAACGACGCAUCUGGAGACCGCCUCCUCACCCCUGAAUACGCAGCUCCUCUCAAGACUCUUCCACUGAAGAACUUGAGCCAGAAUGCUAUUGGUUCUAUCUACACUACUCCCAAGUCCGCCCUUGGCCGUGUUCGAAUUUUCUGGCAGAGUCCAGAUUCAGAAUGGUCCUUGGUCGACCCUCAAAUCACCUUCAAUGCGACGAGCCUUGCAGCAGGCCUCACACUGGCCAUCGACGGGCGAGAACUGGUGACUGACUCUUCAAUCUGGGAUGGACUUGUAAACAUCACAUUCAGUGUAACUGAUGGAAAUACAACCGCAAGCGACACUGUGGCUAUGAAACAAGCCCCCGUGCUCAUCCAUCACCACUUGCAAGCCCCAGAAGUGGUCCUCAGCACUGAUGGAAGUAUCACCACUUCUACCUGGCAGACUGGCUUCAUCAACUCCGUCCAAAAUGCCCUCGAAAAUCUUGACCAAGACAUUCCGUUGUUUCUUUUCAACGAAACGGACGACAUCUGGGCCCAGGACUUUCUCGAACCCGGAUAUGCAAGCAUGCCCGGCCCCAACGGACCAAUCUCCAUCCGUGUACUCUUGCGAUCUCCUCAAUCAGGCCGUGCUGCAGGACGCCAAGUCUUUUCUCUUUUACGGGGUCCUGAAAUCGGUGGUUUCCAGCCAGGUCUCGGGUCAGGCUUUGGUCACGAGGAGAUCAAUUCUGGGGGCAACUUUGAAACCAUCCCACCAUACACCUCAAGAGCAGGAGUCGAGUACAAGAGCGGACGAGUCAUCACAGGCAAGCACUUUGACAAAUAUCCAGCAGAGUCGAUGAUCAAGUUUUUGGAAGCUCAGGGUGUUCAGAAACCAUUGGUUCUCGAGACUGGAUGGCUGGCUGUUGGACACGUUGACGAAUUGGUUCAAUUUGUUCCAUACGAUAACGAACUUGGCUUCACCAUUGCCGUUGUCGAUACGGCUUCAGCGUUCAGUCUCUUACAGGAAGCCUGGAAGGAUGGUCAUGGUGAUACAAAGGUCAUUAGCUACGACGGGGACAUGACACCCGACAACGAGACCAUCUUUAUCGAUCCAGAGGUCCGGAAUCUUACGAUCAAGGAUUUGCUUAGCGACAAAGACUUUGUCGCCAUUAAUGCCUACGCACAGAGCUUCAUCAACGACACCCUCGACCUCCUCCUUGAAGAAGUUCCCCUGACCGAGUCGGAUAUCCUCCGCGUCCCCACGCUCUGGAAAGACGUCACCUACCCUUGGCCCAAGACCCCAGAUGGCCAUCCUCUGCGCCUCAACAGGGCUCCUCCAGGAGAACGACAAGUCAAAUCGUUCUUUCCGCAGUCUAUCAACGGGCUGGUCCUUGGACAUGACUGCCUGGCGCCCAAGCCGUGGGGCCCUGUCAUUAAUGGGCGGGAUAUUCUCGAGGAUGCUGUUAAAGACGUGUAUGCCAGGGCCAAUAUGACGGUUUGGCUGAUUGAUGAUUACAUGUCUCAUCAUGUUCGAGGCGGAGAGGUUCACUGCGGAACGAAUACUUUGAGGGAGAAGGACGUUGCAUGGUGGGAGUAA